GAGUCCGGUUUUAAUGGUAGAUGUUCUUCAGUGAAGCUUGGAGGCAGUGGAGUCCUCCAGUGUCUGGGACCUUUGUUCUUCUUGGUUCAUCUUAAAUAAAAGCUUCUCAUGCUAGUUACAUGUAAAUGUAGAUGAUCCCACAUGUGAACUGAGGUCAGGGGGGUCUGCUCAGGUUUGGGAGCAGCAUGUUGUCAGCAUGUGACAGGUUGACCAAACUGGACUUCCUCCUUUGUGUUUUCCUCCAAUGAAACCUCUUGCUUCCUCCAGGACUUCCUCUCUCUGUCCUUUUUAUAGAGCUUUGAUCCUGUUGUUUUAAUCCUCCUCCUACUCCCUCCCUCCCUCCUUCGUUCCCUCUUUUUAUCCCUCUUUCUCUUCCUUCCUUUUCUCCCUCAAACCUCCUUCCUUCUGGGCUUCCUGUUUCCUGCCAGUCACCCCUCCUCCUGUCUUCUUUUUCUGUCUUUUUCUCCUCACUCUGAACUGUCCAUCCCUCUUCCUUUCAUUCAGUCAAGUCUUCUUUUCUUUCAUCCAGUGUUUUUCUUGUUUGUGUUUCAAUCUUUUUGAGUCUUCCUUUUUUUAUUUCCUACUUUUCCCACUCAUCUUUCCUACAGCAUUGAUGCAACUACUCUUCCUCUUGUACUCCUCUUCUUCACUAGGUGCUUCUCUUAUCCUCUGGUUGUUUUUUUUUUGUUUUUUUUUUCACAUUCCUGCCCUCUCAAGUCUUCUUUAAUUCCUUCUUCCCUCCUUCUUGUUUUCCACUUACUCCUUCUGAUCCCCCUUUUUCCCUUUAGGAUGUCACCUCUUUGACUUGCUUUCCACUUCUCUCCUUCUUACCUGCAUUCUUUCCUCCUUGUUGUUUUUGUUUUAUAGGUCCAGAUCGUCAUUGUAACCGAGAAUUUCUUCUUAAUUGACUUACCUGGUUAAGCAAAGGGUAAUUCAAUAAAAAAACAUUCUUAUCUCCUUAAUUCUUCUCUUCUGUUAGUCUCCUAUGUCUUCCUAUUUUUUUCUAGUUAUUUUCUCUUUAUUACUUUCCAUUUUUCCCUCCUCCUCCUCAUCCCUCUCAACGCCCUCAGUCCUACUCAGAACCUCGGUCCUCCCCUUCUCUUUAGUCUGUCUCACUUAGAUCCGUUUGUUCAUUCGAGCAAAGUCUGGAUCGUGAAGAGCUGCUGGGAUUUUAACUGAGAACUGGAGCCUUUAUACAGGGAAACCACACGUGGGCAACAAUGCUGGGUCAGAAUGUGCGCUUACAGCCAGUUCCCAUCCAAAGUCUGUCAGAACUGGAGAGAGCCAGACUACAGGAAGUGGCCCUGUACCACCUGGAGGAGAGGGAGCUGGAGUUCAAGAUCAGCAUCCCUAAAGAAACACGCAAGAGAAGAAAGUCUCUGCGCAGGAGGUUUGACUCCUUUUCAAAGGAAAAAAAGGAACGAGAAUCUGCCCCCAAAGCCUUUAGCAUCCCCCUCUCCCAGGUCAUCGCCAACGACAGGGCGUACAAGCUGCAGCAGGACGCCCUGAAAGAGAGCAGACGCGACUGCCUGGACCUGGAGGCCAGCAUUCUGCGCUUCAGGGCUGAAAAGAGGCAGUUCUUCAAUGGGAACAAAGCACUGGUUGGCUCUGCGUCUCUCACUUCAGGCCUGUCCUCACCGUCAGCAAACUCUGUGGCGCCGGCGCCAAUGUUGGACGCUCAGAGCCAAUCCCUGUCGCCCACACUUCAGGACAACACCAGUAGAGGACAGAGGAGGGGAGGCCUGUCGGUGGACUCCAUCUCUGACCUGGUGGAGAGUCAGUCCCGGCUGCUGGAGGCGCUGCAGCUCUCCCACCCAGCUGAGCUGGAGCUGAGGAAGUCUGCAGCAGAGGGCAGGACUCAGAACAAGCUCAGCCUGAACCCCAUCUACAGACAAGUGCCACGUGUGCUGGAGAGGUGCUGCUCGCACAUCCAGACCUACGGUCUUCAAACUGUGGGUAUUUUCCGGGUCGGGAGUUCCAGAAAGAGGGUGAGACAGCUGCGGGAAGACUUCGACAGGGGGGUGGAUGUGCUGCUGGAUGAGGAGCACAGCGUGCAUGAUGUGGCUGCACUGCUGAAGGAGUUCCUGAGGGACAUGCCGGACCCGCUGCUGCCGCGGGAGCUGUACCCCGCCUUUCUGCACGCCAACACACUAAGAGAUACAGACCAGCUGCAGUACCUGCAGCACCUCCUCUACCUGCUCCCCCCCUGCAACUGUGACACGCUGUUGCGCCUCCUUUCCCUGCUGAGCACAGUGCAGAGCUUUGCUCAGGACAGCAUUGGAACCAACGAGGAGGAGAUUCCAGGAAACAAGAUGACAGCCGCCAACCUGGCUGUGAUUUUUGGGCCCAACCUGCUUCAGCGGGAGCGAGGAGGAGGGGGGGACGUGAGUCCUCAGGCGCUGGGCAUGGAGGACAGCACAGCCAUCAUCGGCGUGACUCUUAUGCUGAUCCAGAACCACAAGAGGCUCUUCAUGGUGUCUGCAGAACUGCAGCAGGAGGUUCUGAUGAGUCUGAUCCAGACCGACCCGGACGUCAUCGACUACCUGCUGAAGAGGAAGCUCAGUGGAAGUCACCUGACCAUAGAUCCCGACAGCGGGUCGGAGGGGCGCCGGGACACCGGAGUGUCCUUGGAUUCUUUGGGAUUGUCCAGCCAGAGUCAGUCGCCCCUGGAGCCGCCUUCACCGCUAUUUCCACCAGAUGGAAGAGGAGGGGAGAGCAGCCUGAGCAGCGAGGUGUUCCUCAACGUCCUGAAGCUGAACCAGAACAGAAAGGCCCGAUACGGUGAAGUUCCUCCUGGAAAAUCCAUCCGCCACAUGCGUCAGUUCCACUCUCACCACAACCUGCUGAGCCUGUCGCCGUCCUCCCCCUCCUCUGCCUCCUUCUCUAGGCUCCAUAGUCAGGACAGUGACUCCCAGGACCGGCGGGGCGUGCUGGGAUCUUUCAACCUGGGUGGUGGCAGGGGGAGCUGCUCCAGCCUGAGCAGCUCAUCUGAGAGCAGCGUUUGGGUCAGACAGACCCCCCAGGGGGAGAGCAAGCCAGCUCCUGCAGCAAACUUCUGGGACUUCUUCACAGGGAAAGGCUCUGGCUCUGAGACUGUGGUGUGAUGUGGGUGGGGCAGAGUGGGGGCUCCAGGAAGACGGGUGUGCUCCAUAGUAUGCAUUCACACUAGGAGAGGCCUGAAUUCCCAGCUUCAGGUGGCAGGAGCUGGAUGCUCCCACGUCUUUGGCAGCUCACUAAGGCACUAAGGUGAAGCAAAGGAACGCAGGACAGUGAUGUUUACCGCUCCAGUGAAAAUCAUCAGUGAUGAAGCUGAGGGUCCUCAUCCUCAUCAUCAGAGACCGCCAUCAUGAUCCUGUAAAUUCAGCACGUUGGCCUGCAGAAAUGAGACUUCCUCUUCAUCACAGCAGGAUGAGGAGCACUGUGGACCUUCAGCACCACAGCCGGUCAGAGUGUCCAGGAUUCUCCCGCUGCUUUAGUCCGAGCUAACCAGAACUCAAACUGGCUUAAACGUAUCGAGGAUCUGGGUCACAGAAAGGGAAGAGAAGAAAGCUGAACACUGUUUGUGUCCUUCUGCUCUAGCAGUCAACUAAGCAAAUGUGCACAUCCAUGAUGAUGAUGAGGAGGAAGAUUUAUUUGCUAUAAGGGUCAAAAACAGCAAUUUUCAACAGGUAACCAGGCAAAAGCAAAAACCAAGUGACUUCCAACAAGAAGAACGUUUUACACAUUUAUUAAAAUGUACUUAAGCUUUUGAUUGAAGCCAGUAUACCCCCCCCCCCCCUCUAAAAGACUGGGACAGAGGCUGGUUCUGCUGACAGAAUACAUUUGAGUUUGACAUCAAAAGAUGAAAAUCAGAGACUUUCAAGCCAGCUUUAAAUCAAGGCUGUAUCUUAUCUGGUGAAAAGGUGUUUGAUCGGUCAAAGUCAUCAAAUAGAUCUGCUCUGCCAAAGCUCUUGUAAAACGUUGUGACGUCAGCACCCCCUCCUCCAAACGUCGUUUGGCGUGCUCUGGCGGGCUGACAUCUGUAACUUGAGAAACAUGAAGAUUUUGUUUUGCUUUUUUCAGGUUCCAUUGCGUUUGAUUGAAGUUUCUGGAACUUUUCUGCCAUCAUAUAACAUCAUCAGCGAAUGUUACUGAAGAAGCCCAUACCAUUAUAUUACCUCCACCUUGUCACAGAUGAGUCUUUAUAUUUGAGCACAUCCCUUGCAUUUUUCCUUCAAACUCUGGCUGCAUCUUUUUAGACCAGCUGAAGGCUUUUUUUGCUUUUUUGAUCAGCCUGAUAGAGAAGAAUCGAUGGAGGACAAAUGGAAAGAAAAUUAAGCUUCAGAUUGCAUUUCUGAGUAAUUCUUUAUUUCAAUCAUUGUGAAUCAGGAGCAGAUGUUGGAAAAAGAGCUUAUUUGCGAAGUAGAAAAUAUAUUAAGCAGGUCACAAGCUCCAUGCUCCGAGCUCUCAGCAACUGGGAGGGGGAAAGGGGUGGAGUUGCUCCACGCUAACAGACAUCUCAGGCAAAUUUCAAAUAAAAUCCUGCUGCUCUGCAGAAACUAUGUCCUAGAAAACGAUGCAGGUUUUACUUUUUAUUAUUAUCUGACCCGCAUCAGCCAGAUAAGUGCUGUCAGGGUAACGUUACAGGGGGGAAGCUUGUGGAAUUGGACCAAGCACACAGGUUUCUGACUUCCUGACUGCCGUGUUAGGAAGUCUCAUUUACAAUAAUAACUUUCUGAUGAUGAUGGCGAUGAAGGAUGGAGGACCUGAACUUCCUGUUUUUGUGUGUGAUGUGAUGCUGGACGUGUCUUCAGACUCAUUCUCCUCCAUGUUGGCAGAAACCAGACUCUGUGAGGCUGGGGGGCCUCUGUAACUGAAUGCUCGCACCCCUCCAGCAUGAACUCUGUAAGUGUACAGCGUGUUUGUACCACAGAUGUUGAAAAUGAUGAUUCAGCAGAUUUUUAUCAACAGAUUUGGGUUCACCUGUUUUGAAGGUGUGACCUUGAUAUCACUUUUUCACAGGUGAUUAUUGUAAAAAUAAAAAUCUAACUUUCUUGUUAUAUCA